AUGUCAAAUGCAAAAGGAAUGGCAAGAAUACCUAUAAGAUCAAUAAUGAGAUUGCCAAAUUCAAUAAAGGGAAAUAGUAGAUUUGAUAAAUUAAUAGAAAAAAAAAUUUUUUAUUCAAAUUAUGAAAAAUUGGGAAGAAAAAAUAUUAAAGAUAAAUUGCCAACAAUUCAACAAAAAAUCAAACAACCAAUAAACCCUCAUAUACUUAAAGUUACAAUAAUAGGAACAGCCAAUUCAGGAAAAUCUACUUUGAUAAAUUCUUUAAUUGGUGAUAAUGUAAAUAUUAUCCAAUGGUGA